GUUUUAAGUAAGACACACAUAUGUAAGGAAUUUAUUUGGUGUCAGUAAGUCUUGAUAAAGUAGCAUAUAUGAUUGAAGAUACAUGUAUGAAGUGAAAAACUCAUGCAGCAGCAAUUAUGCCUAAUAUGUUGUUAUAUGCCUUGGUACUCACUUUUGUCAGUCUUGGAAGAUGUCUUAUAGAAGAACUAGAACUUCCACCGUUUUUGAAAGAAUGUAUAGUCAUGAAAACUCAGCAUCAGAAUGUGACCAAAUCACCCAGUGAGUCGGUUUGCAAUACUUGUUUAACACGAUAUAUGUGGGUUAAAGGACCAAACUUAAAAAAGUGUUAUAGUGUUAAAGGUAAUACAAGUAUGACGGAUAUUACCAAUUUCUUCGGAAAACUUCUCUGCAAAGAAAUUCCGGGAAAUCGAAAUAAGCGAGAUACCAGAAAAACUCGAUUCCGUAAAGAAAUAAGAAUGUUGACAAAGAUGGAAAGGCAACGAUUGCGGAAAGCUUGGGACAAAGCUAACAAAAGUGGGUUAUAUGCAUGGCUUGCUAAAUUUCACAACGAACAAGUGAGAACUUCUGCUCAUCACGGACCUGCUUUUCUGGGGUAUCAUAGAUUCCUGAUACUAAUAUUAGAAUUAAUUUUGCAGCAUUUUGAUCCUUCGGUGACGCUACCGUAUUGGAACUCAGGUCUGGACGCCAAUAUGGAUAAAUCGGAAAAUUCUAUACUCUGGACUGAUGAAUAUCUUGGAGAGUUUAACGGAGUAGUUAAAACAGGUCUUUGUGGGGGUGCCAGGGAUAACAGCGGCAAUCCAGUAAUAAGGAAUGGUGGAAAUGCAGGAUCAUUAUUUACUUUCGCCGAAGCAAGGGAUGUGAUGAAUAUGCCAAACAUCAACAGACUAGUCGAACCGUCUCCUUAUAACACUAUCGAAUCUUACCAUGACGAUGUUCACAAUUAUGUAGGCGGAUCAAUGGCACCGAUUGAAAUAGCACCCUGGGAUUGUAUUUUCUGGCUUCAUCACGUCUAUGUAGAUUAUUUAUGGGAGGUAUGGAGAUAUACUCACAAAUACAAUACUUCCUAUCCAACAAAAGCCGGAAAUCCUGAUCAAAAUCCUGAUGUCACAAUUAAGAAUAUGCCUUACGUAAAAUUUCUUGGACGUGUUCCUAAGAAUAGUGAUGGAUCUAGUGUGCAGCUUGCAAAACGGAGUUACUAUCAACUUUCACCGACUUGCUCAAAGGCCAAUACUGAUUGUGGUUCGCCUGAUCUGCAAUGUAAGAUUAAGCCGUCGGGUACAGAAUGCGCAUCUGUAGACAGAUUUUUAAAAAUACAAACACAGCCUUUUGUUGAUGCAAAAAAACAUAGGAAAGUUCAAAUUAAAUACAAUAAUAAACAAAAACAAAAUAAAAAACGCGGGAAAAGAGACACUCAUUAUCAUUCUACAGCAGUAGCAAAUAGUUAUAGUAUAACAAUAAAAGCGGAUCAAAUUACCAACGUUUAUGUUCCACAGGAACGUGAACCUUGUAUGGGGAGACCAAUCCAAAAUAAUUUUAUUGCAGAUUGUUCAACUGAUUCUAGACGUUGGGCAUUUAUACCAAUUAAAGUUGUUCAUCUCCGUCCAAGAGAAGUCCACUUUGCAUCACAGACGAACCUUAAUAGACAACGCCACCGAUAUGAUAUGUAUGACGAACAUAAAUACAGAUAUUUGAGAAAACUCGUCCAUCCUGGCAAUCCUGCGACAUACCAAGAUUGUGUUGAAGACCAAUCCGGUGCAUUUAAGGUCAGAUUGAAGUCCUCUGGGUUAAGUUAUUUUGGGAUAUAUACAGAUUACGUUUUCGUCGAUAACAGACUUCCAGUUUCUUCUCAUAUUGGCUACAUUGCUAUCGAAAAACCUACAGUCAAUAAACCGACAGAAGUUCUUGUAACUGCAUCCGACGCAUGCGGACGACUGUGUAAACCGACCUGCCGCAAGCGAGAAGGGGAAAAUGUAUUUUAUGUCCCUUGUUCUGGAGCUAUCAGAGUAACCAAACAGAGUCCACUUAUGUAUGGAAACGACUUUGGCGAUGCAGUAUUAUCAAUUUGGCAAUUCCAUGGCCAAUAUACACCUAGAGACAGGGAGUCAAAUAUCUAUAUAGAAUUCUUUUGUGAUUAUUCAAAUGAAUGGAUAUGGAAAACGUGUCAUAAAUAACUGCUUAAUUAAUACAAUUUUAAUGAUAAUACGUUAAAUGUAAGAGAACUUAAAUUUACAAGUGAGUGAUCAUACACUGAAUAUGUUAACGGUAUAAUUGUUUAUUCUUUCUUGUAAUUCCAAAAAAAUAUUUGCUUGUCAAUCUAAUCAAAAUCAAAUCUCCGCACUCGCUCAUUUUUUUUAUUCUUUCUCCCACGUAGCGACAAAGAAUAAAAAUAUGAGCGAGUGCGGCAAUAUAAUCUUAAUAAGAUUGAUUUGCUUGUUUUCCAAAUUGCAUUUGUCAGCCUGUACGUCGUUCAGUUGGAAUAAACACAACAACAAUUAAAGAGAAUAGGACAUAGUUAUUUCUUUUAGAUAUUGGAAAGUUUAAUUAGAUUUUACCAUUACUACUACAUUAUGCAAGACUUAGUGAUAAAUUUAUAUUUUGUAUAAAUUGAAGUACAAAUAGAGACCUCUUACUUUUAUAAAAUGUAUAUCUUGAAAACUGUCAUGCUUUCCCUUUGAAAAAAAAACAAACAACCAAAGAUCAUACAUUAGAUAAUAAUACCUCGUCAGCGUAACAAUGAUUUUCAGGCCAGGAUAUUUCACUCAAGUAUGAUAUUAUUGUUCGAUGUAAUUUCUCUUUGUAGUCAAUUCCAAAACAUUAAAAUUUUCAAAAAACUUGAAAAUGUAUGAAUGGACUUUUAAUAGAACUACAUAUUUGAUAUUGAAAUAAACUUUAUCCGAUACGUUCAUCACAAAAGGGAUGGAUCAUCAAAGGGAGAAAGAUUCGACAGAAUCAUGCAAAAAAAACGAAAAACGAAAAAAAAAAAAAAAAAACCCAAAAA